AUGAAAAAGCAAAAGCAGACGGCUGAAACAGAGCAGGAGAACACCACCGUAGCUAUGGACGACGACAGAAUAUCGCAACUGCCAAUACCUAUACGUCACCACGUUCUCUGUUUCCUCUCUCAGAAAGAAGCUGUGAGAACUUGUCUACUCUCCAAACAAUGGCGCCACGUAGGAUCGACCCGCCCCAACCUCGAAUUCUUCGAAGAAUGGUUCGACAACACACAAGAAAAGGUUGUCUCCGUCACCGUCAGGCGCUCCACACGAUUAGCUCGCCGCAACCUCAAGUCUUACGAAAACAAAUUCGACAAAAACUUUGUCUCCGUAGUCAACCGAAUCCUACAAGGAUACCUUGAUCAAAACCUCUUCAUACACAAGUCUUUCAAACUCAACUCUCUUUGGUAUCCUCCGCCCUAUUACAGCCUGCCCUCGGCAGUCUUCUUAUCCGAGUCCCUCGAAGAACUACACCUGUGCAAAUGCAAGCUGAGCCCGGUUGAGAGCGUGCGGUUCAAAUGCCUGCGCACACUCACCCUCGAUUUUGUCCAAGUUGAUGGCGGGACUUUGGAGACGAAAACGUUGGGAUGCCCUUUGCUCAGGCGCCUGGCACUUAAUAAUUGUUGUGAGUUGAGAAACAUAAGGCUGAGCGUGGCGCCUGAGCUCAAGCACUUUACGUUGUUUGAUAUCAAGAUUAUUGAAGGGCGUAGCAUCGAAAUCGAUGUCCCAAAUCUCGAGACAGUCUUUAUCAAUGGCCCAUGGAUUUGGUCUCACCGCCAAAGCACAUUAUUGUUCUCUCGUCUCACGAGUUUGCAUCUCUGGAAUGUGAUCAUGUCGAGCGAGUCGAUCGACCUGUUAUCAUUCGGCUGCCCAACUCUUGCGAACUUGGCCCUACAUGAUUGCUCCGGUUUCGAGGAAUUCCAUCUUGCAAGUGAUUCAGUCAAGUUCUUAAGCAUCUUCACAAGUAAAAUACCGCUUAAAGGAGCUAUGAUUUGUACCCCGAACAUUCACACUUUUAAUUUCAAUGCCGGUAUUCACCAGGUGCCGGACACAUUCUCUUUCACGACCACUACUUCCAAGAUGUGGCACUCAAAUGUAUUCCUCUCUUCACGUGAGGAUGAUCCCGAUUUCGACAUCAAUUCGUGGUUCCUUAAGCUGAGACGGGUGCUCAAGGCACUAAGUGGGUCUUGGAUUGUUCUGACUCUGCAGAUUAUCAACGGCCCUCUGGAUGUGCCAUGUGGUGCUGUUGACAACAGUCGUCUUCUCAGUGACGAGCCGCCUGUGGUGAUGGAGAACUUGUCAUUUAGUACUUAUAAAUGCCGAACGGCAUCUUGGUACUCGGGCUUUACAAAUGAGGCGAACACCUAUAUCUAA